CUGGGUGAAUUUUUAAGCUGUUGAGUUUCUGAUGAAUUUGAUUGUGAUCUGUGAAUGUUACUGAAGAGUGUCCUCGUUGAACCUACCAGUGGAAACGCUGGAAUUGGAUUAGCGUCUAUGGCUGCAGCCAAGGGUUACAGGCUUAUUAUCACAAUGCCAGCUUCGAUGAGUGUUGAAAGAAGAAUCAUUCUCAGAGCUUUUGGAGCUGAGUUGGUUCUUACGGAUCCAGCUAGGGGCAUGAAGGGUGCUGUGCAGAAGGCUGAGGAGAUUUUAGCUAAGACACCUGAUGCAUACAUGCUCCAGCAGUUUGAAAAUCCUGCCAAUCCUAAGAUAAAUUAUGAGACAACUGGACCAGAGGUAUGGAAAGGCACAGAUGGAAAAAUUGAUGCAUUUGUUUCUGGGAUAGGUACUGGUGGUACCAUAACAGGUGCAGGCAAAUAUCUUAGAGAGCAGAACCCCAAUAUCAAGCUAUAUGGAGUGGAACCAGUUGAAAGUCCUGUUCUCUCUGGAGGCAAGCCUGGUCCACAUAAGAUCCAAGGAAUUUGUGCUGGUUUUAUCCCUGGUGUUUUGGAAGUCAGUCUUAUUGAUGAAGUUGUUCAGGUAAGGACAAAAUAUCAAGUGAUAGCAAUUGAAACUGCAAAGCUUCUUGCACUGAAGGAAGGCUUGCUUGUGGGAAUAUCAUCUGGUGCUGCUGCAGCAGCUGCUAUUAAAAUUGCUAAGAGACCUGAAAAUGCUGGAAAACUCAUUGUUGUGAUUUUCCCAAGCUUUGGAGAAAGGUAUCUGUCGUCAGUGCUCUUUGAAUCGGUCAGGAAAGAGGCGGAAAACAUGACCUUUGAGCCAUGAGCUAAUUCUCUUCUUUGCAAGUAGUUCUGGUUUAAUAGACAACA